AUUCAUAUCAGUCAUUUUUUAGACAGUCAAACGCAAUAAUGUCGCUUAGUCAGCUAUUUUUAUUACCCGUUUUGCUUGGAGUUGCAUUAAAUAUUGGUCAUGUAUUAGGCCAAACCACUAUUGAUUGCCAAAGACCGCCGCAACUUGUGGAUCCUGCACUUUGUUGUAGAGACGGAGGUCGUGACCAAGUUACAGAGCAAUGCGCGCAGAGGAUUUUAGGAGCUGCAAAUGGUCAAAAACAAGGAGGCCCUCCAUCUUUAGACACUGCUGCUUGCCUGGCUGAGUGCAUCAUGAAAUCAAAUAAGUAUAUUGAUGAACCUCAAAAACUUAAUUUGGACAAUAUACGUAGCGAUCUGAGCACCAAGUUUUCCAACGAUACUGCCUAUGUGGAAGCCAUGACGAUGGCUUUUUCCAAAUGUGAACCACAAUCGCAGCGAAGAUUGGCCAUGAUCCUGCAGCAACAACAACAACAACAACAACCAAAAUGUAGCCCCUUCUCCGCCAUUGUACUCGGCUGCACCUAUAUGGAAUACUUUAAGAACUGUCCGGAUCAUCGGUGGACUCAGAAUGCCCAGUGUGCUCUAGCCAAAGCCUAUGUUACGCAGUGCGGCUUGGGUGCUUAAUUUUCCAGUUCGCUUGACACGGAAAUUGUAUAUACAAUUUAGUAAAUAAAUAAUAACAACGAA